AGAGCUCUUGCGUAAUGUCAUAGUUUUCUUCCCUCUGUAAAUCACUCUCGAUAUUCAUUAAUCUUUUAGAGCUCUGGUAAACGGUUCCAUUUCUCAGCUCCCCAAAAUUCUGUGAAGCUUUUUUUAUCUUCUGUGAUGGCGGUGAAGACUGUUGAAAGGAUUUUGCCAGAGGAAUUGAUGAAAUUGCUUCUAUCUUUAGCAAAAAAAUGGGGAGAUGUGUGGGAUCUAAAGAACUUGAAAGUUCAUCAUUUAAGUGGUGCUAUGACUAAUGAGGUAUAUAGGAUAAGUUGGCCUACUAAGAACGAAAACGUAUCGAGGAGAGUUUUGGUUCGAAUGUAUGGUGAAGGAGUAGAGAAAUUCUUCAAUAGGGAUGAAGAGAUUAGAGCUUUUGAGUGCUUGUCAAAGAAGGGUCAAGGACCUAAGCUUCUUGGUCAGUUUUCAAAUGGUAGAGUUGAAGAGUUUAUUCAUGCAAGGACACUAUCUGCCGAAGAUCUUCGUGACUCAGAGAUCUCUUCUUCAAUAGCUGCAAAACUGAGAGAGUUUCAUAACCUUGACAUGCCUGGUUCAAAGAAUGUCAUUUUAUGGGACCGUCUCAGAAAGUGGCUAAAUGAGGCGAAAGGUCUGUGCUCCCCUGAACAUCUAAAGGAGUUCUCGUUAGGUAAUCUAGAGAAGGAAAUCAGCUUAUUGGAGAAGGAACUUCCAACAGAGUCUCAAGAGAUUGUCUUUUGCCACAAUGACAUGCAGUAUGGUAAUAUAAUGGUGGACGAAACAACGAAGGCCAUUACUAUCAUUGACUAUGAGUAUGGUGGUUAUAAUCCAAUUGCUUAUGAUUUGGCGAACCACUUCUGUGAAAUGACUGCAAAUUAUCAUACUGCUACCCCUCAUAUCAUGCACUUCAAUACUUACCCUGAUUUAGAGGAACGACAGCGAUUUGUACGUGCAUAUCUCAGUUCUUCUGGCCAUCAACCCAGUGAUGAGGAAGUAAAGAAACUUACUGACGAAGCAGAGAAAUAUACGCUUGCCAAUCACUUAUUUUGGGGAUUGUGGGGAGUCAUCUCGGCAUAUGUUAAUAAUAUUGAGUUUGACUACAUGGAAUAUGCGAGGGGAAGGUUCAAACAAUAUUGGUUGAGAAAACCUGAACUCUUAGGUGCUUCAGAUGACUUGUUGCGUGUGGAUGGUUCAGCUGAACCAAAACCACAUUCUCCCCAAUUGCUUGAUGUCAAAACAUGUACGUAAACAACGUAGACGUUAAAAGCCUUGAUAAUUAAUAGGCCUAUGUCUUAUAAUGAGUGGAGCAUUUAGAGAGUUCGAUGUUUCAUAGAAUAUGUUGAUAGGCUAUUAUUGAGGUUAAGUAUCUGAUGUACUGUUACGAGUGAAUGUUGUCACAACCACAAAUAUAUUGUCCAGUUUCAAUAAUUGCAAGUCUCUUUCUCAA